AUGCUGCCCUGGCGUUUGUUCUUCCUUGUCACAGAUUUGAUCCCAUGUCUGCUUGCGUUUAUGCCUCUUUGCAACAGUGGGAAAAACUUUUUUCUGGGGAAGAUGGUGCUCAUUUUCUUCAUGCUUGUGCUCAAGGGGGGUUUGCCAAUGGCCCUGCUAAGCUUUUUCAUGAUGAUCUUCAAGCUAUCGGAUGGUCUUUUGAUCCUCGUGGUGUUGUGGUUGAUGCGCAGGGUAAAGUGGUUUGGACUCCUGGUGCUGCAAACAAAGAGCUGCUUGGUCAUUUGCUUCGUAUGCAGUUGCGGCGCAGACUCUGCGGUCUUCUUGCUGGUGAUACUUGGCUCGGCUCUAAUCACGCUGAUCUCGUCGCUACCUGCAAGCUCGUGA